AUGGCUCCCCGUGGGCGUGGAGGAAAAUUUGGGAAGCCCUCCCGUGGUGGUAUUACACACCGAAUGCUUGAUAUGACUCCCGCUGACAGCCUCUUCCAAAACAUUGUAGGCGGAAAGCAUUUUAGUCGUGACCUUCAGCCCUUAGACAAAGAUGGAAACCCUAUCGGAAUGUGGAAGGAUCCGGCCGAAAAACAUGACUCUUCUGAGGAAGAAGAGGAUGAAUCUGAAGAAGAAUCUGAGGAGGACGAAGCAACGUCAUCUAAAGCAACAGAAGAAAUGAGCCGUGAGCAACGCAAAGCCGCGGCAAAAGCACGAAAAGAAGCCGCUAUUGCCAAGAAGAAUCAAAUAGCAGCAGCCCCAGGAGACCUGCCACCUUCCGAUAGUGAAACUGAAUCUGAUGAAGAUAUGCCGGCAAAUCCAAAUCACACCGCCAAAUCGCGCUCCCAAGCUGCGGCAGCUCCGAACGGAACACCAGUACCUAAGCCCACGGGCGAACUUUCUCGUCGUGAGCGCGAGGCAAUUGAAGCGCAACAAGCCCGGGAACGAUACAUGAAACUUCAUGCAGAAGGAAAAACAGAACAGGCUCGUGCUGACUUGGCACGUCUGGCACUUAUUAAGGAGCGGCGCGAAGCGGAGAAGGCCCGUAAGGAAGCAGAAAAGGAAGAGCGUGAGGAACGCGAGCGUGAAAAGGUGGAGCAAAAAGAGAGGGAAGCGAAGCUGCGUGCAGCAGCAAUGGGUCCUGCUGCGAAAGGUAAGGGUGGUAAGAAAACUACAGGACGGAAAUAA